CUCGAGCAACUACCGAUCCAGAAUUCACCAGGAUUUCGAAGGAACAAGAAGUGUUUUCCAGCUAGGUCAUAUGAUCCGAUGUAUCACAGGAUGUCAGCCUUUAGCAUACAGGAGAUAUGGCUGUUACUGCGGUUUCAAUGGUUCUGGUACACCAGUUAAUGUUAUAGAUGGGUGCUGCUUGGAGCACGAUUGGUGUUACGCUCAAUUGCGAUGUCCUCCCUUCAUGCUUUAUGUCCUGCGUUACGCUUGGCUAUGCAAGAGACCUGGACAAGCACAGUGCAUGGGUGGACAAUAUGGAAAUCCAUCAAUGAAUCGUUGUGCAUUCCAGCUGUGUGAAUGUGAUCGCCUGUUUGCAAAGUGUGUCAGUCGUUUCUCUUGUCCACAGAAGAAAGCAGUCUGCUGGUCCAAUCCUAUCAUUGCCAUAAGCAAUUUGGUUGCUACCUUCUCUUAAAAUCGACAGUAGAAGGAACAUCAUGAACGAGGAAGUAUUUCGAGACAACAAUUCGUAUUUAUUUUAAACGUUUUUAAUAUUAACUCCCGAUUAUUCGCGAUUAAGACUGAUUCGUUGCAUACAAAAUGCUAAAGGAAAUACCCGUUUUUAAUACUAUAUUUAGUAUUUCGUUAAUUAGUAUAUAUUACAGUUUAAUCUGUAGAAUUGUUUGUCCAUGUGGUAUUCUGUUCCCUGAUUUUCAGUACGCGCGAAAAUAGUCUGAAUACCUCGCAGUCUUUCUUUCAUUUUUUUUCCUUGUAAAAUGACGCAAAAUCAGUAAUAACAUGGUGUUUCGUAGCUCUUUCGCCAUGGAAAAUAAAAAAAAGCCACAGUUCAAGUGCCUUACACUUGAAGCAAAGUUAUAAUUUUAAACUAUAUAUGACAUCUACAAGAAUUAUCAGGUGUUUAGAACGGACAAAUAGCCUAAAUAAUUUUUUUUUAUUAUCUGAAAAUUUUUUUUAAACUUUUUUAAAAAUCGCCAAUUUGGCGAUAUUUAUCUACCUAGAUGAAAGGUAUCAAAAUCAAUGCCUUUUCCUCUUUUUUUGAAAAUUUUUAUGAGCCCAGAUAGCACAGCAUUGGAGUAAAUUUUUAUAUACUAAAGAAUAAGACCACAAACGUUUUUUUUCCCCCUCAAAACUGUGGCUUUUCUCCAUAUUGACGUUUUGCUUCAUUUUCAGAUGAUUGCUUCAUUCACAGAGGGCGCUGAUGAAAGAUAGGCUAAACUCGAUCUAACAGUUAUGAGUAACUGUUACAAACUCACAACAAUUAGGAAAAUAACAUAUUAUACGGGGGAAAAAAACAUUUCAUGCGACUACAGAGCUUUUGAAAAACGGCCUUUAUAUUUUAAAAUAAACAUAGGAAAUUUUUUUAAAUCAUUUGCUGACUUUGUUUAUCCGCGGCUAACACGCUUCGUGGAUAAUUGGGAGUUUUUAUUCGCUUCAUUGUGUCCAUUGCAGCUCCAUUCUGUGUGCCCAAAUUGUGAAAGAAUGUUCCUAUUAUUUAUUUAAAAUAGUAUUGUUAGAAAUUGCAACAAUUAUUCAAAUUGAUGUUAAUUUAUAAGACAUGAAAGUAUAUUAAAAACUUUUCAUAAACCAAC